UCAUUGUUACUGAGAGGUGAAAUGGCGCAGCAAGGAGCUCAGCUGGACCGAGAAAACUUUUGUUGUUCGAUCUGUUUGGAUCUAUUGAAGGAUCCGGUGACUAUUCCCUGUGGACACAGUUACUGCAUGAGCUGUAUUAAAAACUUCUGGGAUGAAAAUGAUAAGAAGGAAAUCUACAGCUGUCCUCAGUGCAGACAGACCUUCACACCGAGGCCUGUCCUGAUGAAAAACACCAUGUUAGCAGUUUUAGUGGAGCAGCUGAAGAAGACUGGACUCCAAGCUGCUCCUGCUGAUCUCUGCUAUGCUGGACCUGAAGAUGUGGCCUGUGAUGUCUGCACUGGGAGGAAACUGAAAGCCCACAAGUCCUGUCUGGUAUGUCUCGUCUCAUAUUGUGAGAAUCAUCUUCAGCCUCAUUAUGAAUCAACAAAAUUUAAAAAACACAAGCUAGUUGACCCUUCAGAGAAGCUCCAGGAGAACAUCUGUUCUCUUCAUGAUGAGGUGAUGAAGAUGUUCUGUCGUACUGAUCAGCAGAGUAUCUGUUAUCUCUGCUCUGUGGAUGAACAUAAAGGCCACGACACAGUCUCAGCUGCAGCAGAAAGGACUGAGAGGCAGAGAGAGCUCGAGGUGAGUCGACUAAACAUCCAGCAGAGAAUCCAGGACAGAGAGAAAGAUGUGAAGCUGCUUCAACAGGAGGUGGAGGCCGUCAGUCGCUCUGCUGAUAAAGCAGUGGAGGACAGUGAGAAGAUCUUCACUGAGCUGAUCCGUCUCCUCCAGAAAAGAAGCUCUGAUGUGAAGCAGCAGAUCAGAUCCCAGCAGGAAACUGAAGUGAGUGGAGUCAAAGAGCUUCAGGAGAAGCUGCAGCAGGAGAUCACUGAGCUGAAGAGGAAAGACGCUGAACUGAAGCAGCUCUCACACACAGAGGAUCACAACCAGUUUCUACACAACUACCCCUCAGUGUCACAACUCAGUGAACCUACAGACUCAUCCAGCAUCAAUAUCCGUCCUCUCAGAUACUUUGAGGAUGUGACAGCAGCUGUGUCAGAGCUCAGAGAUAAACUACAGGACAUCCUGAAGGAGGAAGGGACAAACAUCUCACUGACAGUGACUGAAGUGGACGUUUUACUGUCAGAUUCAAAAACAGAGCCCAAGACCAGAGCUGAGUUCUUAAAAUAUUCAUGUGAAAUCACUCUGGAUCCAAAUACUGCACACAAAGACGUGUUAUUACAUGAGGGGAACCGAAAAGCAGAAGUCACAGCACAACAACAGUCUUAUUCUAGUCAUCCAGAUAGAUUCACUGGAUGUGAUCAGGUCCUGAGUAGAGAGAGUCUGACUGGACGUUAUUACUGGGAGGUGGAGUGGAGAGGAAGUAUAGUUCGUGUCGCAGUCGCAUACAAGAAUAUCAGCAGAGAAGGAGGUGCAAUUAAAUAUAUAUUUGGAAACAAUGACAAAUCUUGGGCUUUAAGAUGUUAUGAUAACAAUUAUGAAUUCUGGUUCAACAAUAUUAAAACUCUCGUCCCAGGUCCUCGUUCCUCCAGAGUCGGAGUGUACCUGGAUCACAGAGCAGGUAUUCUCUCCUUCUACAGCGUCUCUGAAACCAUGACUCUCCUCCACAGAGUCCAGACCACAUUCACUCAGCCUCUCUAUGCUGGACUUUGGCUUAAUUCUGUUGGAGACACAGCUGAGUUUUGUGAACUCAAAUAGACUGAAGUCAUUACAGACAUCAUGUGUCAGAUUCUGUGUUGUAAUUCUUCAUUUUUUGUCUCCAUGUUUCUGAACUGCACAGAGAUCAGCUGUCAAAUGGUUGUCAAUACUGCUUUCCUUUUCAUUUGUUUUGUUCCGUUAAUGUUUUGCAUUUCUUUAAAAUACACUUUUUACCCAUGGAAGCUAACACUGAUCAUGAUGAUGUUGUCUUUGUUCGAAAUGUAAGUUCCAUGUUUGUAUUGAUGUAUUUGUUUCAUGUUGUAAAACCCCAACUUAUUAUCCUGAUAAUAGUCAAUAAGGGGAUCAUGUAUUAUGUUCUUAUACAUCGCUGAAAUUCUGUGUUAAACGUAUUGUGUGAUUGAAAUUAAUCUGAACAUUGAAUCAUUGAACAAGAGUCAUUUAACAAACUUUACUGAUUGCAUGUGUGAAAAAAUUGAAGCUUUACAUCAUGAAUAAAGAAGUUUAUCUCAAGAAUGAACAAAGUAUCUUCUUCUGUCUUCAUUUCAGGAUCUCAUGCAAAGCUUGUGGAGAAAAUAUGAAACUAAUAUGAAAGUUUAUUUGAGGCUGU